AUCAGGUCACCGGACGCCUGAGCUUCGAAUCACCUGUCUGUCCUCAUAUCAUCAACUGUUCUUCAGCUACUUUCCAACUUCUCUUCCUUCCUUCCUCGUUUCUCCCACCACCACCACCACAAAUAUCUCAACUUCAUCUUCUUCCUCAUUCACCUCCACCAUCACCAACCAUAGCUAAAAAAAUGAUGUGAUAUACUUGCUAAGAUACUCCAUAGUUGACAAAAGGCUGUGGAGGCUUCUAGUAUGUUAAAUAUGUCGCACGAAUAUGAUGAUGAAGAUGGGCCAGUAACUUUUAAAAGGAGCUCAGUGUCUAAGAGUACACAAUUGCAUUCAGAAAUGAGGAAGUCAACUUCUCAUAGUCAUGAUGGACGGUCGUAUAGAAAGACCUCUGAUGUGCCUUCUUCAAAUGGCCAAAGUUCUAGUUCACACAAUGGUAAGGUUGUCCUAUCCGCCAAGGCAACUGCCGUGGAAUCUUCUGUGGCCGGUAUAUCAAAAGCAUCAACACCACAUCUCAAAACUUAUAUAAAGUCCCCUUCAGCAAAUUCAAAAUUUCCAUCAUUAGGAAAUAAAAAAGAGUCUCUUUUAGAAAAGAAAAUUCCCGUUCAUGUUAAGGAGGAAAAUAACUCUACAAAACACGUUAAGAACAGUUGUGAUGAUUCUGAGGAUGAGGAGGAUAACAUACCAUUGAGUGCUAGGAUGAAGAUGAACAAUGACAAUGCUAAGAAAGCAACUCCUAUUGUUCUCAAGAAAUCUUAUAAAGACUCUGAUGAUGAUGAUGAUACUCCCUUGUCAGCAAAGUUUUCACAGAAUACUAAUUUGGGAAAAUCUAGUUGUAACUAUGAUGGCUCUGAUAAGAAGAAACCAAUUUCAAAUGUCCAGAAAGGACAGCAAUAUGGUUCCAAUGCUAGUAUUAAACAGGAAAGGCCAUCUACAGUGUCUAUUAAGAGACCACUAGAUAAUAAGAUUGAUUCCUUGCAUUCUUCAGGUAAGAAGUCAAAACUCUCUGAUCCAACUUCAUCAGUUAUUGCUAAACAAAUAUCGGCGAAAUCUGAGCCGAAGAUUGAGGAUGAUGAUGACGACGACGACGACGUUCCUCUUUCCCAAAGAAUGAAGAAGUUGCCUGUAUUAGCGGAUAAACCAUCUUCCAUGAAGAAGAUGACAAAUGUGACUAAAGUCAAUGUGACUAAAAUCAAUAAGGGUGCUACUCCAUCUUUCAAGAAAAAGGCCAAGUUCAAAAAAUCAGGCAAUAAGUCAGAACAAUUCAAAUCUACUAAAGCUCUUCCGAGCUCUGGUGACGGUCAAACAAAGUGGACUACUUUGGUUCACAACGGUAUCAUCUUCCCACCUCCUUACAAGUCUCAUGGGGUAAAGAUUCUCUAUAAGGGGAAACCAGUGACUUUGACCCCUGAACAAGAAGAGGUUGCCACAAUGUUUGCAGUCAUGCGGGACACAGAUUAUAUGCAAAAAGAAAAAUUCAAGGAGAAUUUUUGGAAUGACUGGCGUAAGUUGCUAGGAAAAAAUCACGUGAUUCAGAAUUUAAAAGAUUGUGAUUUUACACCGAUUUACGAUUGGUACCAAAUUGAAAAGGAGAAGAAGAAACAAAUGAGUUCACAAGAGAAGAAGGCCCUAAGGGAGGAGAAAAUGAAACAAGAGGAGAAAUACAUGUGGGCUAUUGUUGAUGGUGUUAAAGAGAAGGUUGGCAAUUUUAGAGUUGAACCUCCAGGGUUGUUCCGAGGACGUGGAGAGCAUCCCAAGAUGGGCAAAGUGAAAAGACGCAUCCGUCCAAAUGAUGUCAUAAUUAAUAUUGGAAAGGAUGCACCAAUUCCUGAAUGUCCUAUUCCUGGUGAAAGCUGGAAGGAGAUAAGACAUGAUGAUACUGUUACUUGGUUAGCCUACUGGCUUGACCCAAUCAAUCCAAAGUUAUUCAAAUACGUGUUUCUGGCAGCUAGUAGUUCCUGGAAGGGGCAAAGCGACAAGGAAAAGUAUGAGAAAGCAAGGAUGUUGAAGAAUUAUAUAGGGAACAUCAGAGCUGCAUAUACGAAAGAUUUUACAAGCAAAGAUAUUACUAAGCAGCAAAUAGCAGUUGCUACUUAUUUUAUCGACAAACUAGCUUUGAGGGCUGGCAAUGAGAAGGAUGACGAAGAAGCUGAUACAGUUGGUUGUUGCACGUUAAAAGUAGAAAAUGUGACUGCAGAAGCCCACAACAAAUUGAAGUUUGACUUCCUUGGUAAAGAUUCAAUCAAGUAUGAAAAUACAGUUGAGGUGGAGCCUCCUGUUUAUAAUGCCAUUUUGAAGUUCCAAAAAGAUAAAAGCCCUGGUGAUGAUCUUUUUGACAAGCUGGAUACAAGUAUAUUAAAUGCUCAUCUGAAAGAACUCAUGCCCAACCUCACAGCAAAAGUCUUCCGUACAUUCAAUGCAUCGUUCACUUUGGAUGAUAUGUUGAAUAAAGAAACUAAAGAUGGAGAUGUCGCAGAAAAAGUUGUUGUCUAUCAGCAUGCAAAUAAACAGGUUGCAAUAAUUUGUAAUCAUCAACGUAGUGUUUCAAAAUCUCACAGUGCACAAAUGUCAAAGUUGACUGAAAAGAUCGAUGAACUUCAGGCUGUUAUGAAGGAGCUGAAAACAGAUUUGGAUAGAGCAAGGAAAGGAAAGCCGCCUCUAAAGAGUUCGAAUGGAAAGAGCAAACAUAACUUGAAUCCUGAAGCGUUAGAGAAAAAGAUAGCUCAAACCAACGCAAAAAUUGAAAAAAUGGAGCGUGAUAUGAAGACAAAAGAAGAUUUAAAAACUGUGGCACUUGGCACCUCCAAGAUAAACUACCUAGACCCGAGGAUAACAGUUGCCUGGUGCAAGCGGCACGAGGUUCCUAUUGAAAAGAUUUUCAGUAAAACACUACUGGAAAAAUUUGCUUGGGCAAUGGAUGUAGAUCCUGACUUCAGAUUCUGAGAUCUAUAAGAUGGAGGCAUACACAAAUACAAUUAUGUGGGGGAAAAACAUUUUUUUUACUCUUUCCUUUUACAUGAAAUAUUUUUUAUUUCUUUCUUGUAUUAUUAAGUCCUGCGGAAAUUUAUGUUGCAAAUUAUUCAUCUAAUCUAAUUUGGGGUGAGUUGUCCCUGUCCCCUUUCUUCAUGGACUGUAAACCAUUCAUAUUUAUUGUCAAAUGUUAAAUGUGGAAAUGAAGCAAAGUUUUGUAGUUUCUUUC